ACAAAACCCUUUUUAUUUUUCAGUACUUUGUCUCUUCUCUCCUUCCCAGAAACCAAGUAAAAGCUCAUUUCUCCUCUAUAACUCUUCUUUUCUCCCAAAAUCAGAUUCUCUAACCACUCUUUUUUCUUUUCUCAAAAGUAAUUUAUUCUAAUUUCUUUUUUUACAACUUUAUAACACCAAAUCUCAUCUCCCAACCUUCAUCCGUUGGGAGUAUGGGUUUUCUUCCGCUCUUCGUUUUCGCUCUCUUCCUUACCGUUUCGAGCGCGGAGUUCUCUACGAAUGCGGGAGUAAAUUGGGGGCAGCUAGGGAACAAUCUCCCAUCUCCGAAGCCAACCGUGGAGCUAAUUAAAUCGAUCAAAGCUAAACGAGUCAAAAUAUAUGAUGCUGAUCCGGACAUCCUCAAUGCUCUUAAAAACACAGACAUUCAAGUCUCUAUCAUGGUACCCAAUGAAAUCAUCCCCAACAUUUCCAAAUCUCAAUCUUUUUCAGAUCAUUGGGUAUCCAAAAAUGUCAUACCCUUCUACCCACGUGUCAAAAUCCGAUACCUCCUCGUCGGAAAUGAAAUCUUGACCAAUCCGGAUAUCAACACGUGGUUUAAUCUCGUGCCGGCCAUGCGUAGAAUCAAGAAGUCUUUGAGAAAUCAAAAGAUUCUUAAGGUUAAAGUCAGUACUCCACAUGCUAUGAACGUUCUUGAAUCCUCGUUUCCACCGUCAAACGGUACGUUUAGAUCCGAUAUUUCGGAUCCGGUUAUUAAACCCAUGUUGAAUUUUCUUAACCGGACGAAAUCUUUCUUUUUCCUUGAUGUUUACCCGUAUUUUCCGUGGGCUGAGAAUUGGAAAAAUAUUAAUCUUGAUUAUGCUCUGUUUAAAUCCAAGAAUAUAACUUAUUCUGACCCGGUUAGUAAUUUGACCUACACCAAUCUAUUUGACCAAAUGGUGGAUGCUACCAUUUUCGCUAUGAAACGGCUCGGGUACCCGGAUAUCCGAAUCUUUAUUGCUGAAACGGGUUGGCCCAAUAAUGGCGAUUUUGACCAAGUCGGAGCUAAUAUCUACAAUGCUGCAAUCUACAAUCGUAAUGUAGUCAAGAAGUUAACAACCAAACCCGCCAUUGGUACUCCGGCCCGACCCGGAUCAGCAAUACCGUCUUUUCUCUUUGCUUUGUUUAAUGAGAAUCAGAAGCCGGGUCCGGGUACGGAGCGGCAUUUCGGGUUGUUAUACCCGAAUGGGACGAAUAUUUAUGAGAUUGAUUUGAGUGGAGAAACGCCGGAAUCGGAAUUUAAAGAGCCGUUACCGGCGCCGACGAAUAAUGAGCCGUAUAAAGGGAAGAUAUGGUGUGUGGUGGCUAAAGGGGCUAAUAAAACGGCGGUUGCAGAGGCUCUGUCGUAUGCUUGUUCACAGGGGAAUAAAACCUGUGACCUAAUUCAACCCGGGAAAGAAUGUUUCAAACCCGAUUCGUUAUAUUGGCAUGCUAGCUAUGCGUUUAGUUCGUAUUGGGCCCAGUUUCAGAAGAUAGGUGGGACCUGUCAAUUUAGUGGGCUUGCUACUCAAAUUGUGAGGGAUCCAAGUUAUGGACAUUGCAAAUUCCCAAGUGUAACUCUUGUGUAAGACCAUGUGGGAUAGAAGACAAUUAAUUAAGCAUCAUUAGGAUGCUUAAAUUAAGUAUUGUUAUUGAUUCAUAAGUGAUUUAGGUGCUCAAUUUUCUAUUACAUUUUGAGAUUAUUGUAGUAAUUAUUAAUUAAUAAUAAGAUAGUUGAUUCAUUCUUUUAGGCAUCUAAUGUAGUGUUGUCAAGGCAGAAAAGAAAAUUCUAUCGUUCAACUUAUUACUAAAUUGGCACUAAAUUACUGUGUAGUUGUACUUUGUUGACAUAUUUAUAUGAAUUUGUUAUAUUUUGGUCACAUAA